UUGUGGAUGAGAUGGAAUUGAAUAUUCAUGUCAUCCCCAAGCGGGGGCCUCACACUCUCUCUCUCUCAUAUUUUAGUCCCACCUGCAAACGCAAAGUCAUAAACCAGAACCUGCCAUUUUCAGGUGGUUUGGCAGAUCUAUCUAACACUCCACGUCUCCUCUCCUCCUUUAAUGUUUCACUUAAUCCCCAUCAUCACCAUUAUUCUAUUUUAUUUUUCGUUUACAUUUCGCUUUCUUCACACGCUUGCCACCCUCCAUUAAACCCCAUCGAUGCAGCCACGCACACACUAUACUUUCUUCUUUUUUGCCCUUUUCAGAAUCUCCCAUUAAACAGAUUUUUCUUCGAUACGUAUCCAUUUUAAGUAACAAAGCCUCGAUUUCGGCAGUCGAAAGCACCAUUAUCAUCCCUCGCUAUUGCGCCAUUAAAGCUCGUAAAUCCACCACUUUAAUCUACAAAUAUCUCUUUACUCAUUUCAUAAGUUUUUUAUUCCGGUGAGGAACUGCGAUGGGGAAUUGCCAGGCGGCGGAGGCGGCGACGGUGGUGAUACAGCACCCCAGCGGUGGCAAGGUGGACAGGAUUUACUGGUCGGUGAGCGCUAGCGAGAUCAUGAAUGCCAAUCCCAGUCACUACGUCGCACAGGUGGUGGCCACGGGGGCCGUGGCGGCGGAAAACGGUGCUCCAAUCAAGCAGCUAAAGCUUCUCCGCCCCGACGACACUCUCGUCAUUGGACAAGUUUACCGUCUCGUCAGCUUUGAAGAUGUGCUGAAAGAAUUCGCUGCGAAGAAGUGUGUGAAGUUGGGGAAGUUGUUGAAGGAGAGAGGACCCUUCGAUUUGCAGCGCAAGAGAAAUUCGAAUCGGCAAUCAGCUUGCGUUAAGACGGAGGUGAACCAUGACAGCAGUGGCAGCGUUAGUGGUAGUGGCAGCAGCAGAGGUGGCGUAGGGCGGGUCCACAGCAGUGGCGGCGGGCAGUGGAGACCGGCUUUACAGAGCAUUUCGGAGCUGGGAAGUUGAAAUGCCGAAAUGCAGAAUUAAUCAAACAUCCAAUAUUAGUUGUUGAAUCUGAGCUCAUCCAUUUCCAUACUAGUGUCCCUCGCUCUAUGCUUUCAAAAAGACGUGUAAAAAGAUAAGAUGUAUCUUCUUUUUUGAUGUGCUAAAGUGAGUAGACUACAAUUUGAACCA